AUGCUCUUUGAUAGACCGAAUGAUUACUUAUUGACUUAUAUUAAAAUUGCUGAUGGAGUCCUUUUGAAAGAUUCACUUCUCCAACAAAUAGCUCUUGCCUUUGAAAACAACGAUGAUAAUAAGGAAAAUGAUUUGAUGAAGAAAACAUCAAACUUUGACAAGAACUUUGUACCACAAUACGGAACAAACAAUAGAAUCUUUAAGGUACUAGCAACUCCGAAGGUUAUUCUCUCUUUGGCUUCAUCAAGAAUGAAAUCAUUGAAUAUUGAGUGGAUUAAGAGAGUUCCUUCCUCUCAUAGAAUUUCAAUUCCUAUUAGUGAUGUUUUAUCAUUGAGUAGAGCUCCACUCUUGAUUGAAACAUCUCAUGGAUUUUCAGAGAGAAAGCUUUCGAAUUGGUUAAAGGGAGAAGUAAACAAGCGAGUGAGAACCACUGUAAGGAGUAUGUCUGAAAGUGAAUUGUCCAGAGUGAGAGGAUUAGAAUCAACCUUUGAAUCCAAUACUGAAUGGAUGAAUAAGGAAUUGAGCGGAAAGUUUGAUUUUUCACUCACUCAACUCCUCCACCCAAGAAAUAAGUUAUUUUCAUUGAGCCCAAAUCAAUUCAUUGAAGUGGAGUCUGAACCAACAAGAAAUAGAAGAAUGCUUGAGAAUUUGAAUGUACAAUUAGCCCAAUCUCUCUAUGAACAACUUUCCUCUGAUGAGUCAAUUAUCCAUGUUUCCAGAGCUACUGAAACUCAACUCUUCGAUGAGGGAAUGAACAAUGUUGUUCAAGGAGGAAGAAUUGAAGAAUUAGGAUCAACCAUUUGGGAUAACGGAAUUACAGGAAAGAAUCAAAUUGUUUCCUAUAUUGAUACAGGAAUUUCUGUAGAGCACUGUUUAUUCUACGAUAAGAAUGCAACCAACUAUACAUCCAUUAAUUUCAAUCAUAAAAAGGUUGUUGGUAUUGAAGGAAUGGACAUGAUUGAUACCAAUGGACACGGCUCACACGUUGCUGGUAUUAUUGCUGGUGAUUUGUCAUCUAGAUAUCCUUCCAGUUCAAUGUCGAAAAGAAAUGGUGUGGCCAAGAAUGCAAAACUCUAUGUGAUUGAUUUCUCUUCAAGUGCUGAUGGUUCUGUGGCAUCAAACUAUGAUUUACAAGGAAUGUUAAAUAGAGCUUACAAUUUGGCUGGCUCUAGAAUUCACUCCAACUCUUGGGGAUGCAAACCUUCAAGUUACUCUUGCGACUAUAACAGAGUUUGUUACCGAUUGAAACAGAAUGGACAAAGAGGAGCCAUAGUCAAUGACACUGAAUGCAUGGCAGAGAAGGGUGUGAAAUGUCACCAACAAUGUCUUGGCUACAGUGACCAAGCAAGUUUGAUGGAUCAAUUCCUCUAUGACCACGAUGACAUGAUUAUUGUCCAAGCUUCAGGUAACAGUGGCAAUAUUUCACUUUUAGAAAGUAUUUCAGCUCCAGCAACAGCCAAGAAUUUACUCUCUGUCGGAGCAGUUCACAACUAUUACACAUCCUAUUGUAAUUCUACCUCAAUGAGUGCCUCCAAAUGUGAAAGCAAGUAUUCAACUUUCAGUAUGGGAAUGCCUCUCUUCUCAGGAAAAGGUCCAACCAUGGAUGGAAGAAACAAGCCAGAUGUUAUGGCCCCAGGUCAUUUCAUAAUGUCUGCAAAGAGUGGAUCAACUUGUGACUUUGUGGCAUUGAGCGGAACAUCAAUGUCAACACCAGGUGUCUCGGGUUCGGCUGCACUUGUUAGAGAAUAUCUCACUGCUAAUAAUUAUGAACGUUUGAGAUAUUUCAAUUUGAAUAACACUUUGGGAGAGAAUGAAACAUUGAGUGUGUCAGGUACUUUGAUUAAGGCCUUCCUUAUUCACUCUGCACUUCCAGUUGAAGGUGCCAUCUAUUCAUCUCUCACUGAUCCUUCCAUUGAUAUUUCAAGUUAUUCUUCUCCAAAUCCUAUUUAUGGUUAUGGUACAGUUAGUUUGGACACUGUUAUGAAAUUCUCCAAUCCAGAUACUCUCAGAGUUUUGAAUAGACAACCAAUUUCACCAGGACAAAAGAAAUCCUAUACCUUCCUUUUCGAAGCUAGGAAUGCUAUCAAGAUUACUCUUACAUGGUAUGAUAGAGCUUCUCAAUCAGACAUGACUUCCAAUGUUACCAAAUUAAUCAAUGAUUUGGAUCUUUCUGUUCAUUGUACGGGUGGUGAAGAAUAUUUAGGGAAUGGAAUGUUGGACAAGGUUAAUACUGUCGAACAGGUGUACUUUACUACUAAGAGUGACAUUUGCACUGUAAACGUCAUGGCAAAUGAAAACAAUGUCGGCGAUCAAAAUUUCAGUAUGGUCAUUUCAAGCACUUUCAAUAUCCAACAAACAGAAUUGGAAAUGGUCCUCAGCAAGGCACCUAAGAAUUUCUAUUCACUCCUUAUUGGUGCCUUCUUGAUUGUCCUUCUCAAUUUUGUUUUGUAA